UUGACACUCUCCCAAGGAUUAAAAUCUUCUUUUGGAGGGCCUGUAAGGGUGUGCUGCCAACAUCCUUGGGUUUGAGCAAGCGAAUUCCAUGCAAAGAUGCAUUGUGUGGAGUGUGUGGGGUGAUGGAUGAAUCGGAGCUACACUGUCUGCGUGACUGUGUUAUAGCUCGUAUGAUAUGGGAUAAAUGUGAAUUGGGGGAGGAGGUGAGAGGAGGUUGCAACAACUUUGGGGAAUAGGCAGUGAAUUGUUUCGAAUGCCUUCCUCGUGAGGAGCAUGGGUUAUUUGCAUCUAUGAAAUAACGUGAUAAUGAAUGUUAGUUUUGUUUAAAAAUUGAACAUUUUAUGUUGUUGUGAGUUUUUUUUUUUUUUUUUUUUUUAAAAAAAAAAUAAAAUAUUUUAGUCUAGGAUUUUACAAAUAUUACAUUUUAAACAUAAAAUUCACUAUUUCUACAAUCGAAAAUACUCCUUUUGCCAUUAGGUCCAAAGUAAAUGAUGAUCAGCUAUUAGGCAUUGAUAUUACAUAGUACAUCAUUACCGGUUUUACAAUAGAAAUUGCUACAAAAUAUUUUUAAUCCAAAGGAGCCAGAAGUCAAAACAAAGUCACACAUUUGAGAGAUCUGAGCUGAUGUCAAAGCUCAAGUCACCCUCUCUUCAACUAAUCAAUAGACAACCUUUAAUUGCAUUAUUCUCUCUCUUUUUUUUUUUUUUAAGGGAGUAUCAGUUCCUCAUUAUAAAAAUGUUUCUCAUAAUGACAUUUUUGAAAAUAAUGUAAUAUUUUUCAUUGGUGGAGACCGCGUAUGUGUCAUGAAUGGGAGCCACAAAUCUUGACACAUACCUCUCACGAUGAGAAAUAGAGAAUUAUCCUUUUUUUUUUUAUAUACCAUUUUUCUCUAUGAAAUAACGUGGCAACCGCUGAUUAGUUCUUGUUUGUGCGGCUCGAUUUGUCAUAUGAAUGCAAAUUUCGGUACUCCCCCAUCACUGUGAUCCGUGACAGUGCAGUAUCUUAAUUCGUCAAUUAUUGAAUAAAUAAUAAAAAAUCACAUAAGAUAACAAAAAUACACACAACUACGGACUACCUACUACAAUUUGUAAAAUUUACAUAAUUGGGUGUAACUUGUAUGCUUAUUGCUUACAAUUACAUUACAAAAUCCAUAUUUGUUACAAUAGUUCAAAAGUUUAAUUUCGAAAAGGGUGAGGUCGGCUACAUGAACCAUGAUUACCUAUCGUGGGUUGUCUAAGUAGUACAAAAUUCAUACCCCAUUUACAAGAUUGAUGAAAGAUUUGAUCUUUUUAAGUUGAUUCUCAGGUAAUUUGAAUUUUGAUAUAUUUUUUUGUUGAGAAAUUUGAUGAAAUAAAAAUGGGAGGAGAUUUGAUUGAAGAGAGUAGUAGUUUGACAUGGGUUGGAAGUGGUGGGAGUGGAACUUCAAGUUGGGUUGAUGACGAUGGAAGUGAAGUGAGUUCAGAAGAAAUGCCAAAUUGGUCAAAAAUGGAUGAAAAUGAAUUUAGGAAUAGAUAUGGUUCUUCUUCUGGGUCUGUGAAAAGAAGGCUUGUGAAAAGGCCUAAAAGAGUUAAUUCUUUAGAUGUUGAAGCUAUGCAGAUUGCUGAAGCUCAUGCUCAUCACACUAAGGAACUAUCUACAUGGCAUACUCUUUCAUUGGCAUUCCAAACUCUUGGUGUGGUGUAUGGCGACGUGGGCACAAGUCCUUUAUAUGUCUUCACUGACGUGUUUAGCAAGGUGCCUAUAACAUCAGAAGUUGAUAUUCUGGGAGCUCUGUCUGUAAUAAUGUAUACGAUAGCCCUUGUGCCCUUGGCAAAAUAUGUAUUUGUAGUGCUUAAAGCUAAUGAUAACGGGGAAGGAGGGACAUUUGCCCUGUAUUCUCUUAUAAGCAGGUACGCCAAAGUGAAUAAGCUUCCAAAUCAACAACAAGCCGACCAACAGAUCUCUAGCUAUAGGCUCAAACUACCCACUCCGGAACUUGAAAGGGCUUUAAACAUUAAAGAGAUUUUGGAAAGGAAAGCUUUCAUGAAAACCCUUCUACUGUUUUUGGUUCUUACAGGAACUUCGUUGAUUAUAGGGGACGGUAUCCUGACUCCGGCUAUGUCAGUUAUGUCAGCUGUUAGUGGUUUGCAGGGCGAGAUAAAGGGAUUUGGUCCUAAUGCUGUAGUCAUUGUUUCGAUGAUCAUCCUGGUUGGAUUAUUCAGCAUACAGCAAUUUGGGACCAGCAAAGUUGGCUUUUCAUUUGCUCCUGCCCUGUCAUUGUGGUUCUUAUCUUUGGCGACUAUUGGAAUCUACAACCUCCUCAAACAUGAUAUUACUGUCCUGAGGGCCCUGAAUCCAGCUUACAUAUACCUUUUCUUUAGGAAGAACGGCGUUCAAGCAUGGUCUUCACUUGGCGGCUGUGUUUUGUGCAUCACAGGAGCUGAAGCAAUGUUUGCUGAUCUAGGCCACUUCUCCGUACGAUCUGUUCAGAUUGCAUUUACUUCUGUUGUGUUCCCCUGCCUUCUGCUGGCUUACAUGGGCCAAGCGGCAUUUUUGAUGAGAUUUCCAGCCUCAGCUGAGCGAGUAUUCUAUGAUAGUGUGCCAGAUGGAUUUUUCAGGCCAGUCUUUGUGAUUGCUACACUUGCUGCCGUUAUUUCCAGUCAGGCUAUGAUAUCUGCUACCUUUUCGGUCAUAAAGCAGGCCAUGGCUCUGGGAUGUUUCCCUAGGCUGAAGGUAAUUCACACCUCGAAGAAGCUGAUGGGUCAGAUAUAUAUCCGCAUCAACUGGUUUCUGAUGGUAAUGUGCCUUAUAGUGGUUGCGACUUUCAGAAAUACCACGGACAUUGCAAAUGCAUAUGGAAUUGCUGAAGUUGGAGUCAUGCUAGUCAGUACUGCCUUGGUGACACUAGUCAUGCUUUUGAUCUGGCAAACUAACAUAUUCCUAGCUCUCGCUUUCCCUAUUGUAUUUGGGACAAUUGAGCUCAUUUAUUUAUCGGCAGUCCUAUCAAAACUCUUGGAGGGUGGUUGGCUUCCUUUAGCCUUUGCUGGGUGUUUCUUACUAGUAAUGUACACCUGGAACUAUGGAAGUGUCCUAAAGUAUCAGAGCGAGGUCAGGGAUAAAAUUUCUAUAGAUUUCAUACAUGAUCUCGGAUCUACUCUUGGAACUGUAAGAGUUCCGGGAAUUGGAUUACUCUACAAUGAGCUAGUUUAUGGCAUUCCUUCCAUUCUAGGGCAGUUUCUUCUAAGCCUUCCUGCCAUUCACUCUACCAUUAUCUUUGUUAGCAUCAAAUAUGUUCCGGUACCUGUAGUACCUCAAGAAGAACGAUUUCUCUUUAGAAGGAUUUGCCCUAGGGACUACCAUAUGUUCCGUUGUGUUGCUCGUUAUGGUUACAAAGAUGUACGAAAGGAAGACCAUCAUUCAUUUGAACAUCUUCUAAUUGAAAGUCUGAAAAAAUUUCUGCACAAUGAGGCCCGAGAUCUUUCUCUUGAGGCCAACAUGAAUGAACUGGAUAUGGACAGUGCUUCAGUGAGAUCAGCAGAUGCAGUAGACCCUGAUGAUGAGCUGCGAGUCCCAUUGAUGCAUGAUCAACGAACAGGAGAGUCAGGACAGCCAUUGAAGUCAGAAGACACCGAGGAGUUGCCAUCGAGUGUUAUGUCAACAGAGGAGGAUCCAAGCUUAGAGUACGAAUUAUCUGCUCUUCGAGAGGCUGUUGAUUCAGGUUUCACAUAUCUGCUAGGAGAUGCAGAUGUCAGAGCAAAGAAAGAAUCUUGGUUCCUUAAGAAGUUGGCCAUCAACUACUUCUAUGCUUUCCUGAGAAAAAAUUGCCGGAGGGGCGCUGCUGUACUGAGAGUUCCACACAUGAAUAUCAUAGAAGUUGGAAUUACAUACAUGGUUUAAUUUCAUGGCAAAUUUACCACAUAAAGAUGUGGGCUUCUUGAGGUUAAUCGUUUAUGGAUUGGCCUUCAAGCAUGUUAUAGUAAUAUAAAUGUGUUUUAUUAUUUAAUUCAAAGGAUCUUUGUUUUGUAAAAUUAAUUUAUAAUAUGGUUGAUUUAUAUCAAUGAGGUCUCGACCUAGAGGUUAAGACU